GGAAAAUGAGAUCAAAGAUGAAGUGGACUCAGGAAGAAGAUGACUUGUUGAUUCAACUUAAAGAGCAAAAUCCAGAUGCACCCAUGAGCAACUUCAAAAAGUAUUUUAAAAGGAGAAGUGUUGGUACAAUGUAUAACAGAUGGAACAUAAUAAACCCAUCAUUCUCUAAAGGAGAGUGGGAUCAAUCCGAAAAAGUUCAGCUCUUUAACACAAUGUUUGAUGUUAUAUCUGCCAAUAUCGAGACCAUUUCUCAAUCUCUGGAUAUCCAGAGACACAAAAAAGAUAUUUACAAGCAAGUUUACAAAGUCAAGGAGAUUGCAGCCGCUGGAUAUCUAGGAACAGAUUACGAAGUCAAAAUGGACGGAAUUAAGCCUGAGAGAAGGAGGCAAACCAAAUCAAGGGUCAAAAUGAAAAAUGAACAGCUAAAGUUUGAAGAUACUUAUAGUGCAAUAGAAGAUAUUAAAAAUUUUGAGAGAAAUAAAUAACAGUAUGGGUGUUAAAGAAGAACUAAAGAAUGAAAUUUUACAUUUUAACAAAGUAGAUGUAAUGAAAUCUUGAAACGAUGUUCCCCCAGGUUUAUCACGGAAAGAAUUUCUUGCUAGAAUUAACUCUCUCCCUUCAGCAGAAAAUGAAGAAUGGACGCCUCAAGAAGACCAAAACCUUCUUCAACUCUACCAGAGUCUCGGGUCUAAUUGGGAUAGAAUUUCCUUGCUGACAGAUGCAAAGAACAAAAACCAGAUCAAAGAGCGUUUCUGUAGCUUACUUCGCUGGGGAGCCUAUCACUUCGAUCAGCAUAUUCUCCCUGGGUCUCCUUUAGAAUCAAGAGCUGUUGAUAUUUCAGAUUGAGUCAAGAUCCUGCUCAAAGAACUUAUGGGGCCUAAAAAAUCCAAGGUACUUCCAACUAAUAUCUCAGAUUCGGAUGACAGCAAUAACUCAGAGUUUAGCUACUAACUUCAAAAUCUCACUAAAGUUUUAAUAAUUUGCUAAUAUACUUCUGAACUUAUUUCUUUUUU